AUGGAAAAAUACAGACAGUUCGCCGAUGGAGGCACGGGCGUCAAUCCGUUUGUGCCAGUUUGGUCGCAUCACAAGGCGGGCUUGGCCUUGCAAUGUGCCAAGCUGGUUUUGCUGCCGCUCGCGUUGUUGCGGCUAUGCAUGGUCGCGACAGCAUUGUUGUGGUUGGUUCUUGCAGAACUACUUUGUUGGCCACUCGGCAUUGUUCCCAUUGUGAGGCGUCCACUUCAUUGGCUUCUGUCGUAUGCUGGGUGUAGUCUGGCGCUUCUCGGUCUGGGUUUCUGGUUCACGGCAGGAGGUCAUGUCUUGGCAGAUCACCGGCGGCUGAAGCUUGCGCCACCAAAGGUGAGCCGUUCCUCGUGCUACGAUGCACGUCGAGGGUGUUUGGUGCUUUCCAACAUGCAGGGAUUGACGGAUGUCCUGUACCUGGGCAUGAGGCUAUGUCCGGUGUUUGUCUUCCCGGCAGUCGAUGGAUCGCCUGUGCCCUACUACUCGAUUCUAGGGGCGCUUCGACGAGCUGGUGCUCGGCGAGCUUCCGCGGCUCCUGAGAAGCCGCACUCCUUGCUGGACAUCGCCGAAGCAGCUAGAGCAGGUUGGCGAGGGCCAGUUGUGGUGUUCCCGGAGGGUGCACGGACUAAUGGCGCGGCAGUACUUGCUUGGAAGAAGCGCACCUUUGAAGGUUUGGAGAGCUUUGAGAAACCGGUGGGCACUGCGCUGGUGGCCCUCGAAUACAACAAAGGAGGGGCCUACACUCCUCACCAUACCGUCGGAACAAUGUUUCAGCAUAUCCUGUACCUGUGCAUCCAGCCGUUGCACUCGGUCAAGAGUACCUGGCUCCCGUCCAGUGAUGUGGCAACUGCCGUGAAGGGCAAGGCAACCAUGGACUCAAUGACUUUGCUGAGGUCAGUGCUUGCAAGGAUGGUUGCAGGAGCUGUUGAAGUGGACGUGUACUCUGAGAAGCAUCAAGAGUUCAUGGCGUUCUGGGAAGCUUCGCAGAAAAAGGGUUACACCAAAGCGGUGAAGAAGUCAUGA